CUUUGGCCGUCAAAUUGAUUCAGGAGGAUUUUAAUUUUUUUUUUGUAAUUUUUUUUUCCCUCCUGCUCCUGCAUCGCCCUUUGCCGUCAUGGCUUGGCCUCUGCCCCCUGAAGCAAGUGGUGCCACAUAUAUUAGCUGCAUAGCUCUGAACAAAUCUGCACAAAUUUGGACACCAUGGAAAAUCAGAAUGAUGGUAAUUUCUAUGAUGUUGAUGACUCCAGCAGCACCAACUUGAUCAUCAACUACUUGCCCCAGACCCUGACAGAUGAAGAAUUCAGGUCCAUGUUCCUCAGUGUCGGUCCUGUCAAAAGCUCGAAAAUUGUGCGCGACAAGUCAACAGGCUACAGUUACGGCUUUGGGUUUGUCGACUUCCAGCACCCCACAGAUGCUCAGCGUGCCAUCGAGACACUGUCUGGGCUGCAGCUUCAAAAUAAGAGGAUAAAAGUAGCAUUGGCUCGUCCUGGGGGCGAUCAGAUCAAAGGAGCGAAUCUUUACAUCAGAAAUCUGCCAGUUGCGUGGAAAGAAACGGAGCUCAACAAAAUCUUUGAGCCUUACGGGAAGAUCAUCCAGUCUCGCGUUUUGGUCGACCUAUCGACGGGCAUCAGCAAGAGGGUGGGCUUUGUUCUCUACGACACACGGGACGAGGCAGAGAAUGCAAUCAAAUGUCUGAGCGGGAAAGUACCAGAGGGUGCCACAGAGGCUAUCAUGAUCAAAUUUGCUGACGACAACAGUAAGAAGCUGAAACAGCAAGGUCCAGUGCAGUAUGUGCCCAUCCCCAACUUUGCCGCCCCAGGCCCAAUGAGGAACCAGAUGAACAGAUUCCAGCGAUUCAACCCAAUGGCUGGUAACUUCAACGGGCAGGGACCUGGAAUGCCUCAAGCUCAGCAGGGCGGGUACACCUUGUUUGUGUACAACAUUGGCUUCAACGCCACGGACCGCACCUUGUGGCAGCUCUUCUCACCGUUUGGCACUGUGCAAAAAGUGAACAUCAUGUUGGACCAUGAAAAGAACCAGUGCAAGGGCUAUGGAUUUGUGACCAUGACCAACUACCAAGAAGCUCAGAACGCCAUCAACUGUCUGAAUGGUUACUUUUUCCAAGGCCGUGUGUUGCAGGUGAGCUUCAAGGGGCAAAACCAAGCUGCAGCCAACUGAGGAGAGAAGGCGUGAAGUUGAGCUUAAACGCAGAGCAGAUUUGUGCUGGAAAUGAAUGCAGACACUGUUGUACUUUAUGCACUUGUAGCGGAAAAGCAUGUCAUAUAAGUAUCAACUUGAAAUUGUAAUCCAAUUUGAGACAAUCGUUAAAAGAUUAAAAAAAAAAAAGCAACUAGGAAUUCAGUAAGAUCAUAAAUUGAUAUACAAGAGAAAUAAAAACAAAAACUAAACAAAACAAAGGCACAAAGGUACCAGUUUAGUAGAUUCCGAAGUUUCAGACGCAUAGAAUUUUUUUUUUUUUUAUAUAGCACUGUACCUCUAGUUUAUGUACCCCAUAUGAGUUAAUGGACUAUUUAGUUAUUGGUGGUAAAAUGUGAAGUUUUGGUGAGAUUUUUCUUGGGUGUUUAGGAAGGGACAGGAUUGAUCACUGCCAUUAUUAGUUUUGAUUUCAUAUCAGAACAAGCUGGCUCUUAUGGGCUGUCUAAGGGUUAUUACAUCUGAGUUGGUUUUUUUUUUGGUUACACGUUUUGAGGCUAUUUUUCUUUUUAGUUUUUGAAGUGGUUUUUUAAUUACUUUUCUUUGGCUUUUUGUUUUCCCUUUCCUUUUUCCUGUUUUUUUUUUCUUUUGUGUUUUUGUUUUUCUUUAGUAUUCAGCUUUUAUGCUUAUAAAUGAACGUAUUUGGAUUACUAAUUUCAAGUUAUCAUAUUUACAUUUUUGCUGUAUAUUUAUCUUAUCUAUAUCUAUCUGUAUUUUAAUAUCCUAAUCGUUAUUGUUCCUUUGGGUUAUCUUUCAAAUUAUCUUUUGACCAAACGUUGACAUUACAUUUUUCCAGUUGUUGUGGGGAGAAAAUUUACCUUGGAAAAACUGUUCAUUUCACCUGUAAAUAAACCCAUCGGUUGUUUUGUCAUUUGAUACAAAAACGCGAAAAAAAAACAAAUAAAGAAUUUUUGUUUUGAGUAUUGAAAUUACA